AUGGAACCAGCUUAUUCGUUUGUUUUCAGAUUAUUACAUCUAUCUAUCUAUCUAUCUAUCUAUCUAUCUAUCUAUCUAUCUAUCUAUCUCACUCAGUCGUUUAAGAUCUAUCUAUCUAUCUAUCUAUCUAUCUAUCUAUCUAUCUAUCUAUCUAUCUAUCUCAAUCUAUCUAUCUAUCUAUCUAUCUAUCUAUCUAUCUAUCUAUCUAUCUCACUAGCUCAGCUCAGUCGUUUAUCUAUCUAUCUAUCUAUCUAUCUAUCUAUCUAUCUAUCUAUCUAUCUAUCUCACUUCUCAUGUUUUAAAUACAUUAUCUAUCUAUCUAUCUAUCUAUCUAUCUAUCUAUCUAUCUAUUCUGUCUUUUUCAUCUCUUUUCUACCUUUCUAUUAUAAUUUGUUUUAUUGUUUCUUUUCUAAUAUGUUUUUCGUUUUGUCAACGUUCUUUCUUUUUGCUACAUUUUUCUUUCUUUCUUUCUUUCUUUCUUUCUUUUUCUUUCUUUCUUUCUUUCUUUCUUUCUUUCUUUCUUUCUUUUUUUGUUCGCUGUUUUUAUCAUUCUUUCUUGUUCAGCCCUUUUUUCUUUCGGUCUUCGUUUUUACAUUUUUCUUUGUUCCAUCCUUCAUUUUUUCCACCCGUCAUUUUAUGCCUUUCUUUCUUUCUUUCUUUCUUUCUUUCUUUCUUUCUUUCUUUCUUUCUUUCUACGUAUUUUUUUUCUUUUCUUUUUAUCAUUCUUCUUCAUAA